AAACCACACGCAUCACCAAUGUCGUUCCGAAAGCGCAACAUAGCGCUGACUCGCACGCCUCAAUCCCCCUCCACAUCCGAAUCCACAUCUACACCUUCCUCACCCUCCUCGGCGGCCCAACAAGAACCACAACAUCCCAGCGCGCCCACCCCCGGCGUUCGCCCUUCUCCCAUCAAUGGCCUCCCCACAACCUCAACCGGCACACCCUCUCUCGAUGCCAUUCUAGCAGGUCACGCAGGCCUCCCUCUCGGUACAUCACUGCUGCUCGGCGAGACAGGCACAACGGACUAUGCGGGUGCGCUGUUGCGAUUCUACGCAGCACAGGGCGUGGUGCAUGGGCACUGUGUGCAUGUUGUAGGUGUGGGGAGCGCGUGGGGGAGGGAGCUACCGGGCAUUGCCGACGGGAGGGGGAGCGAAAAGGGAGGGAGUGGCGGGGAGAAGGGAGGAAAGAUGAAGAUUGCGUAUCGGUAUGAGAGAUUGGGAGUUCUUGGGGAAGAGAGGGCUGGUGGUAGGGAUAGAGGAUCUUCGAGCGCGAAUCGGGGUGAUGGCGGAGACGACACGGCUCCCGCUGUCUUUUGCCAUACGUUUGAUCUGCUUAAACGGCUCGAUCUGCCCGUAGGCACGGCCAUCAACUACAUUCCCAUCCCACGAACAACGACGUCACCCUUCGUCGCAAUAUUGCAAAACUUGCAGCGACAGCUUGCAUCGUCGGCACCUGGGACAAUUCACCGCUUGGUCGUCCCAUCGCUAUUAUCACCAGUCCUAUUCCCUCCUCAGUCCUCCCACCCCUCUGCUGUUCUACAAUUCCUGCACGCGCUCCGCGCACUGCUACGCCAAUACCCUACACGUCUUACCGCUAUGAUAUCGCUCCCGCUAUCGUUGUACCCGCGCGCCACAGGUCUCGUCCGCUGGGCGGAACUUCUAUCCGAUGGUGUUUUCGAGCUCUCGCCGUUUGCGCACUCGCACCUCGAAUCUCUUGCGACGUCAGCGGGCACCACCAAGGACGAAGAGAAGCCGCAGGGCAUGUUCACGGUCCAUAAACUGCCAAUAUUCCAUGAAAAGGGCGGCGGUGGUGGUGGAGCGGAAGGGCUGGGUGAGGAUCUGGCGUUUACGGUGAGUCGGCGCAAGUUUGUGAUUGCGAAGUUCAGCUUGCCGCCGCUCGAGGGGGAUACGGAAGCGCAGGCUGAAGCGGGUAGAGCGGCGGCAGGCGGAGAGACGACGAUGCCAAAGAAGGCGGAUCUCGAGUUCUAG